CUUUAACCAAAGUAGAAGUUCCAUGUUAAUGGUUAUUGCAGACAGCCAGGCCUGAGGAAGGAGCAUAACCAAUAUGGCUCAGAAAACUGUGCUUAUCACAGGAUGCUCCUCGGGCAUAGGUCUGGCCAUUGCUGCAAAAUUAGCCAGGGAUGAACAGAAAAGAUUCAAAGUUUAUGCUACAAUGAGAAACCUAGCAAAACAAGAUGAUCUGAUUGCAGCCACGGAAGGAUAUUUGGGAAAAACAAUGGAAAUCAAAGAAAUGGAUGUGUGUUGUGAAGACUCUAUUCGCAACUGUGUCAGCAGCAUUCCAGAUAGACACAUUGAUAUUUUGGUGAGCAAUGCUGGAGUGGGACUUAUUGGCCCAAUUGAAUGCCAAACCAUAGAAGAAAUGAAAACCGUUAUGGAUACAAAUUUCUUUGGAUUAGUCCGUCUCCUGAAGGAAACCUUACCAGACAUGAAGAGAAGGAAGAGUGGGCAUAUCGUCAUAAUCAGCAGCGUCAUGGGUAUACAAGGUAUCCUGUUUAAUGAUGUCUACGCAGCUUCCAAGUUUGCAGUUGAAGGCUUUUGCGAAAGUCUGGCAAUACAAGCCCUGAAGUUCAAACUCCACCUGAGUCUCAUUGAGCCUGGGCCUGUUGUCACUGAGUUUGAAAGAAAAGUAUUUGAAGAUGGAAUGAAAAUGGAUCUUUCAGCUGCAGACAAGGAAACAGCUGACAUGUUUACCAACAUCUAUCUUAAAAAUUACAAAUCCAUCUUCCAAAGUCUUGGGCAGACUGCUGAAGAUGUAGCAGAGCACACAAUGAAGAUAAUGCUUUCUGAAAAUCCACCAUUCCGUCACCAGACAAACACAUUAUAUACCCCCAUGACGACGCUGAAAUAUGCUGAUCCGAAUGGAGAUCUGCCCAUUGACACAUUUUAUAAGAUGGUCUUCCAGCAUGAUAAAAUUUUCAAUGCCAGCCUUAAUUUCAUCAAGCUCUUGAGAUGGAGGAGUAAAAAAAGCUUUGACCUUGGAAAACCACAGCCACAAUAAUUGCAGUUAAUAAAAAGGACCAUACAGAGCUUUUUCUUUACAAAAACAUUUGUGCUAAGCUGUCUCUGCAAUGGAGGCACCUGAUUAGAAAUCUAAUAAAUCAAUCAUUUUGGGAUUCAGCUGAAUACUGAAUCUUAAAGGACAUGUAAACCCUACAUUUUCCUAUAAUCUACAUAAAUUGGCGUAAUCCCCCCACCCAAAUGGCGUAAUUUUGUACAACAUAAAUCCCUUCUGGUUUUCAGCACCAUCACAUUUUCCUAAAACAAAUAGCAGCUUUCACCCGGCGGCCAUUUUCCCUCUGACACAUCAUUAAUGAUGUUUCUAGCAGCAAACAGCACAUGUGUGCUGUAAAAUUCAUGCAAUGAAGAAUGUAGGCUUACACAGGCAGAUCUUUGAUUAAAAAAAAGAGUGCUGUAAUGGCUCAGGCUUAUUAGGAGAAAACAUAGGAGCGGACAACUGGAUUAGAGUUUCUAUAUGAACUAACAAUGCCAUCUCUUCAUUGGCUACUAGACUGGAGGGCUUAUUUAUUAACCUGAGCUGAGAAGAACUGAGCAUGCUCAGGAGCCAACAGCAAAAGUAAAAUCCUUGAGGAAGGGGGCAGAGUGUGUUAGAGGAAGAGAAGGGGAUGUUGCAGCCUUACUAUUAACCUUUGAAUAACCAGAGUGGCUGGUAUUGAAAGAGGCUGUUCACUGAUUAUUUUUUUUGUGUGGGUGUUUACAUAACCUUGAACCCAAAUUUGCAUAUUCAGAUACUAAGCAGCCUUGUAUUGUGGCUUUAAUAUUCUAUAUAUACAGUAUAUUGUUGGUCCUUAAGCUUAGGUAACUGACAGCAGCAAGAGAAUGGGGUGUGAAUCAGCAGAAAAGAAAAUGGGGAGCUACUAGGGAUGCACCAAAUCGAAAUUUUGCAUCUGGCCUAACCCCAAAUCACUCAUGAAGGACUUGGCCUUAUGCUGAACAAUCCAACCCAUAACCUCAUAUGUAAGCUACAUAAGGAAGGGUAAAAAUGUGCAAUUUCCUUGAUCGUAUGACCUAAAAUCAUGUGAUUUUAAAGGUCCGGAUUCAGUUAGGCCAAGUAUUUGGUUUUGGCCGAUUAAAAAUACUGAUUGAAAAGGUUCUGAUUCAGCCGAAUUUCAAACCGAAACCAGGAUUCACUGCAUCCCUAGGUGCUACCAGUAGUAUCUUCAGAGGCACAGCUCUUCACUUCUAAAGGGCUGUGGUUACCUUGGGGUGGUACAGAACUCCAAAACAUAAUGUGCAGCACUCCUAGUCUACUUAUUCUUCGUUCUCCUUUAAAGAAACAGUUUAGUGUAAAAAUAAAACUGGGUAAAUUGGCAGUGUGAAAUAAAAAAUGGUUCUAAUAUAGUUAGCCAAAAAUGUAAUCUAUAAAGGCUGGAGUGAAUGGAAGUCUAAUGUUAUAGCCAGAACACUACUUCCAUCUUUCAGCUCUCUAAACUUGUAGUUAGUAACUUUGAUGCGGGGGGCACAUGGGACCUACAGUUAUGUCCCAUAUGCCUCAACAUCUUAGAGGACAGCAAAGGAAGAAGUAGUGUUCUGCCUAUUAUGUGAGACGUUUCCCCACUCCAGCCUUUUAAGAUUACAUUUUGGCGAACUAACUAUAUUGAAAUUCAUUUUUUAUUUUUCACAACCUAUCUAUUUACAUAGUUUCAUUUUUACACUGAACAGUUCCUUUAACAAACCUGUUCAACAUACAGACACCCAAUAUUCUCUUGAAAAUGUUUCAUUUAUGAAAGGUGACAUGCAUGCAAAACACAGGCUGGACACUAAACCCCUUAAGAUGUCAGUGCUUCAGUCCAAGAGGUUUGCAAAUCACUAAUCACAUUCUGCAGCAAUCUGGAUAGCCAGUAAGCCAACCCAACUAAAGUUAGCUGUCAAAAAUCCUUACUAUAAUACUAAAAGGAAAAUGGACAGACACAUAGUGCCAAGUGGUUUCCAUCCCGUUUUCCCUGUUAGAGCAGUGGCUGUUCUGCUGAACAGGCCCCACUGCAUUAAAGUAAGCGACCCUUUCUAUAGGAAACCUGCUAAGGCUGCCUUUUCACAGGCAGAACUAUAUUAAUGUUCCUUUAUGCUGAGCUAAAAUGGAACUUAAAUACACAGCUUGACCAAAUUUUUCUUUUAUUCAUACCCUGUUCAUUUUAAGCACUGGCAGAAAUGUAUUGUUUAAAUGCUUUUUAGGGAAUUUUGUAAUAGUAACUGGUAAAGGGAAAAUAUGAUAGAAAAAUGGAUAAAUAUGAUUAUGUCCAAUGUCAGAAAAAUAAACUACAGACAAAAUAGAUGGUAUUGCUAUGUAACAUUUCAGAAUAGCUAUAAUUAUUUGUUUGAGAUGUUUUAUGCCUUUGCAGAUUCAUGUACUAACAUGAGGGAACAGAUGUUUUUUUGUACAGUUAUCUUUAUAAUCUGCUCUGCAGUUUUACUAUAGGAAGUAUUGUAGUACAGUAUUUAGGGCAAGGGCACAUGGGGCGAAUUAUCAGCCUGCGCAUUGUUGGUGGAUAUCGGCUGUGUGUGCCUGCACCUGGUAGGAUUUAAUGGUUCUGGGUGCAGGCACCACUAGAUUUUUUUUUAAGGAGAAAAAAAAGGUACAAUCGCUGGCAAUGAUUGUAAUCACUUACGCUUAUUUUGUAAUCACUUACGUAUGCUUGUUCCUGUAUAAUUGUCCAUAUAACAAAGGCAGAUGCUUAUUUACAUACAUAUGUAAGCAGGUGAAAUAUUUUUUUUUUUGGCAAGAACAGCACUUGUUAAAUAAGCAGCACUAUUCUGGUUGUGACUAAAUAAUUGGCCGUGCCGAUCAAGUAAUAGAAGGACAUUGCUGGAAUUUUGCAAUCUAAAACUAUAGAUUACAGUUAUGUUAUUUGUAAAUGUAUUCUUUCUCUUUUGUGUAAUUAAUUUUGUCACCAUUAUGGCAAAUAAAGUAUAAUCUGGGUAGUUAAAA